AUGAAUACUAUCAAAUCUACCUGGCUUGGCUGGGGCGUACUCUGCGUUGCCGGUGGAGGCGCAUACUAUUUCGCCAAAAAAUCGAUAAACGCCGACCGAGCAGCACGAUUCGACGCCGAACAGAAGAGCAAGGCAUACCAGCGUCGGCUAGAGGAAUCCUCAUACAUGAGCGCGCCUUCAACGAGAUCUAAGGUCAAAUUCAAGUCUUCGGCGGAUCCCGCGAACGGCACGAAAGGACUGGAUCACGCCGGAAGCCCAAGCAGCGAGAUCAGCGAGGAUGCGGCACCCGUAGGGCACGCGCCUGUGGACCAGGAUCAAAAGAUCGCCCAAAAGAGCAAAUAUGAGGGCGAGCCUUUCCGAAGCAAGAAAGGAGACCGUUUAAGCUGA